CGCUGCGCCGCGGAGGUGGCGGGGCCGGCGGGACGGGCGCUCGGUCCGUUGCGUUUGGCGUUGAAAUGGCUGCGGGUGCCGGUUACUGAGAGUCAGUCAGGUAUUUUUGAGCUGACUUCUUUCUUCAAAUACUGAGAUUGGUAACGUCAUGGAUGCGUACGCCAGGACUCAGGGCAAUCGUGUAAAACCAAGAAUAUCUGUGAAAAAGAGUUUUGGUGAAGGUGUACUGCACUCUAUGAAGUCACUGCUACACAGCAGAAAAGAAUUGUGCAAUGUAUCAGCAGAGGAAUGUCUAAAUCGGGAAGAACAAGAUAAUUUUAUUGAGUUUCAGACAUGUUCGAGGUCUGUGAAAAGGUGAUUAUUCUUCUGUGAAGACUGGAGUUUGGGCACAAAAAAGAAAUCCAAGUUGGUGUUGUCAUUGAGGCAAAAAUAGGCAGAGUUGGCAGUGGUGGUGUCUCUUUGACAACGGUCUGCUGACCCAUCAAUGUUACAUUUAUAGGUUUUGCUGAAGAGAUGAGUACUGCUCCUUUGCAGGAGUUGGCAACUGUUUCCGUAGAGCUCCCAGAUGUUCUGAAAUCGCUCCAGUUGUGCAAACUAAAAGAAAAUGAGGUUAUAUUUCUAAAAGAUAUAAAGAAAACCUUGGCAAAACCUUAUGUCAUGAAACAGCAGAAUCAACAUCCUGAAGUGUUCUGUGUGAUGAGACUGUCUCCUUCAUUCCCAAGGCUCAAAGUUGAUUAUAUAUUUACCUUGCUGAGCAAGUAUACCACAGGCAUAAGGUAUGCAGUGGAAAUAAACUCAUCACAAAAACAUCAAACAGAGACAUCCCAUGGAGAAGAUGAUGACACCAAUCAGUCGGUUUCUUCAAUUGAGGAUGAUUUUGUCACUGCUUUUGAACAUUUAGAUGAAGAUGAGCCUUCGAAGAUACAAAGUGCUGGUGCAUGCAGCUUUUCUUCUCGAAACCAUCGAGAUGCUGCUUCUCAGACCAUCCCUGCUCGGUGUUUAGAAGCUGUUGACUCAAAGAUCCUCGUGGGUUCUGCGCGUCGAAAGUCAUCUGCCAGAUCUUCUACUUUGAUUGAUAUUUUGAGACUUAAGGAACUGUCCUCAGUAAAAAAUUCAGUUACAACCUCAAUUUCUGAUCCUUGGAUACAAAGGAGUUUCUAUAAGCCAUAUAAUCCUUCUGAUCAAGGUGUUAAUUCUUUAUGUAAACCAUUGUUUUCCUCCUCUCCCGCUGAAUCUUCUGAGUCAGAUUGCUCCAGCCCAAGCCCCAUCAUCUUUUUAGAUGAAGAAGGAUAUCAAAAAAGCUUGAAGGCAAAACUUCAGCUGCCAAAAAUUCCAGUAGUGAAAGAUGGUAUAGAGGAUUCAGACUCAGAAGUAGGUGAAUUUUUCGAUAGUUUUGAUCAAUUUGAUGAGCUGGAACAAGCCUUGGAAAACUCUUGUAAAGUUAUUAGGGAUCCCAGCCUGGGGAAUCCCUACCAGAAAAGGAGGACCGCACACGAACAAUUGUCUUCUGCAAGCAUUACAAUGAAUCCUCAGAAAUUCAAGUUUGAUCGUCCCACUCUCCCAUCCAACGUAAAGAAACCAACUCCUCGUAAACCAGAAUCACCAUAUAGCAGCGUUUUUGAUGUCCCAGAUUCCCCUCGCCCAGUUAAAACAUCAGGGGAAGAGAACGGAGGCUUGUUCAGCCCUAUUAGGUCAUCAGCUUUCAGUCCACUAGGGAGCUGUGGUUCUUCUGAAUGUUUGUGUCGAAUUAAUCUUGGUGGCGAUGGGACAGAUCACAAUCACCAUGAUGCAGCUUAUAAUAGUUAUUCAGCAUACGCUGAUAGUGUUUCGUUUGAAAUAUUGGGUUCUGUUUUUCAUUCUGAGUCCUCAUCAGAACAAGUAUGUCCAGGAAAUGAUUCAAAACACAAAGGGAGUGCUUUGAAAGAGAAAAAGGUUCAAGCUGCAGGUCUCAAAGUGAAAACUGGUAAGGAGCCAGGUAAACACACGAAAUCUAAACAUAAGCCAUUAAUGAUUAGAGAUAGCAUUCAAAAAUUUGCAACUGAAUUAGUUGAAAAAAGUUUUGGCAGUGCAUUUAAAGACCUGCAAAAAGGUGUUUCUUCAUGCACCAAUGCACUUUGUCAUUUGGCAGCCAGGUUGACUUCUUCGAUCUUUCAGAUGGCUUUUUAUGAGAUAGGAAGACGUAGAGCAAUCUCCUUGAAGGAGCGUGCCAUUAAUGGGAUAGCGAACUUUUUGGUGAGCGAAGCUAUAACUGGUGCUUUGAAAGAACUGCGGCAUGUAAAGAAACAAAUAUUUACCAACACCGUUGCUCAGUUUGCAGCAGACCUUGCUGAAGAACUUGUGUUUGAAGGAAUCAUGGAAGUAUGCCAGUUUUCGUAUCCAUCAACACCUACAGCUGCACAACCUUCACCAUUUGAUUAUGAAGACAAAGUGGUAAGAUCCUAUGCCAGAGAUUUGUCUGAAUCUGUCAUUCAGGAAGCUUUUAUUGAACUCUCUCAGGUUGAUGUGGCCUUCACAACACAAGCAGCCAUUAGUGUUUCCAUGGACAAUAUUAAAUAUGUGAGCGCAGAAAGUAUGUUAGAGUCCACACAGACUUCCACGGUUUUUCCUAAUUUUAGUGACAGGGUAGCACUGAAGCCAAUCAAAGAUUCUAAGAUGGAAUAUACAGUACAGCAAGCUCUGUUUUGCACCUCUGGGGUUGUGAGUUCAAUACCCGUGCCUUUAGCUGGAAGAGCUCUUUGUCAACGUGAAGUUUCCUCUGAUGCUUGUAAAGCGAAAGUAUCCAUUGCUCCGACUUCUGAUGGCAAUAUGAAAAUAUACAAAGACUCCACUCAUUUGGUUUUUACAAGCAGAAAGCAAGAGGAGGAAGUUGCUUCUUUCAGAAAUAUAUACCUAAAUUCAGAUCACAGUCGAAGUACUGAAAAUACUCCAUCACUCUUACAUAACCAAAAUGAUACCAAACAAACAAAUAACAGAUCUGGAAUGGAUAGUAGUUCAGAAUUAACAAGUGAUUCAAAAAGCGUUAAUACUUUCUCUGGAACUAUGGUAGAUAUGAUAGUAAAUGAAGCUUAUGAAGCCAUAACCUCAUCUAGGGUAACAAAAGCAGUAGAAGGGUAUACAGAUCUUUUAACAAAGAAAAUAAUAGAUAAAAAACCUUAUGUGCAAUGUGCUGGUGAAGAUUUCCCCAAGGAUGUGUUUGCAGAUCACUUGGCCAAGUAUGUCAUAAAACAAUCUGUUGAUAAAAGUAAAACUGUGUUACGCAACACUAGUGAGAAUUUAGCAUGUAAUGUGAGCUCACAGACUUACGGAGAUAUUGGUAGAAGAGAACAAUGUGUGAUCAAGAAGCAAGAGGCUGAGAAAAAAAGUAAUGUUUCUAUAGUUGUAGAACAACAACAUAUGCCUUUGAAUAAUCCAUGUAAAUUUCUUCUUACACCAACUCAUUCUUUUCAACGUUCUUCAGAAUGUAAAGAUUGUUGGCAGAAACAAAAAGGACACAGGUUUUCUUCAAAAUCACCACCACCUUGUUCCACUGUGACACUUGCUAGGCAUGCUCUAGAGGACUUUACUGACACAGGAAGCUGCUCAACAACAUGCUUAAACAAGCCCUCAAAAAGCCGUGAUCCUCAGAAACCAUCAUCAGGACCUUUGACUUACAGGCAGGCUGAUUGUUUUCUGCAUGCAAAUAGCUUUUCUUCAGGGAUAUUUGGCAGUGAAGAUGCUUUUCAGGUGGAAGAUAAAUCAAGUGUCAAAGAUGGAAAUACCUCUGUAAUGCCUGAUACACCUCCACCAACUCCUUUAGUACCAUGUCAAGGUAGUUCUGAAAGAAACCUAAGAAAACUAUCUAAGAAACUCAAGGGAGAAUUAGCAAAGGAAUUUGCACCUGCAACGCCACCUUCUACACCGUACAAUCCAUCCGUUACUGGUUUGUCUGAAACUGAACGUGACUCUUUGGAGAGUGAGGAGUUUAUGCUGAAACUCAUGCGAUCUCUUUCUGAAGAAGUGGAAAGUAGUGAAGAUGAAGAUCAUUCUGAUAUGCCCCUUGAGAAAGAGGAGCAUUCAGAGAAAACAAUUCAGUAUGCAGAUUGCUUAGCUAGCCGUAUAAUUUCAAUAGCGACUGAAAUGGCUGCUUCCCAUUUAGAUGGUAGAACGCGUGAAAGAGAAACUGAUGGACGAGUUCAGUUAGGUAUGCAAAGCAAAGAGACAUGCAAUUUUUUAUGGAAUUUUGCAGGCGAUAUGGCAGGAAAAGUCAUCAAUGAGGCCAAGAAAAUAGUGAAAUCAAGGCAUUGUAAACUGUUGAGAUUGAAGCCGGUUCAUUGUCAGGUGGAUCGUCUUUAUCUGAGAAAAGGUGGUAAAGAUGACAGUUCAAAAGAACAGUGUGGUCCCGUGCGGGACCAGUGGCUGGGCGAGAGAGAUUCCUCUGUCCUUCCUUUACCACAAGGUUCGGGCAUGACAGGUUUGACUUCCAAAUACCCAAGCUGUGAAAGUGUGACUGAUGAAUAUGCAGAUCAUAUUAUUCGAGUUUUGAAAAAAGAAGGAGGUAAUGCAGAACUGUUAAUGGAUCAGUAUGCUAGCAGACUUGUGUACAGGUCUAUCAAAUCAGGCUUACAGCAAGCUGCUAGAAAAAACAAACUGAGAUACGACAGAAAGACAUUUCCUGGGCAAAAUGCACAGGUUAAUGGUAAGCUGGAGAUCAAAGCAGUCAAUAAAGAUGCAGUCCAGCAAGUGAAAAGAGGCAUUCAUCGCUGUGAAGACCCAAUGUUGGAAAGGAGUGUCAGCACGCAGAAAACAGAAUACACGGAGUUGUUACAUUUUUCAGAAUCCCUUGCUCGCAGUAUCACUUGUGAUGUCAGGAAGAAGCUGAAAGCGUCGGGAGCAUGUUUGCCCAAGUCUCUGACAGACUCCUGUCUAUAUAAAAAGACUGAAUUUGAUGAAGUCACAGGGGAUCUUAUUAAAAGAAGAUUUUCUAGGACAUUUCUUCCUUUUUCCCCAGAUCAUAAACUGUAUCAUAGUACAGGCAGUUUGAAUGAAAAUGGCUACAGUGAAAGCAUAAUUCAAGCUAUUGAACAAUAUGCCAGGAAAGUAGCAGAUGAUACUCUAGAAAUGAGCUUAGAGUCCGCUCUUCUCCAUGUGGCUGAAAACAGAAAAAAUGGGGAUAGGCUCUCAUACACUGAGAAACUGUCUCCUUUUUCUGGAACUGUUUGUAGAUGCUGUAGUAUGAAAGAACAUCAGUACCGUACAGAAAGUACAUCUCAUAAUCUACCUGUGCAAGAAUCCUCCUUUCCGGUGAGGCAUUUUCUUCAUUCUGGAUUAGGUGGCGCCUGUCAAAAAUCAAGAGUGUUUCAGCUUGAUAUUCCUAAAAUUCACGUUGAUGUAGAACAGAAGACGGUGUUUUCUGACAAGGGGGCUACCGUAGCCGUAGAAAAAGCUGAAGCGGAGCUGAAUUACACAACUCUGACAGCCGACAGUGGUAUUGGACAAGAUGGAAUGAGUUUUGCUGAAAGCCUUACUACUGAAAUAAUGACAUCAGCUAUGACUAAUAUUGGUCAGACAGUUAACAUAAGCUCUGUUGGAAGAGAAGGAUUUCACUCUGUUGAAUCUGUUGUUAGCCAGCAGCUGAGUCAUAGUAUUGGUGAUGAUAGCACUGGGAGUUGGUCCAAUCUAAGUUUUGAAGAUGAACAUCCUGAUGAGAGCAGCAGUUUUCUUCACCUUAGUGACAGUUCAGCCGUGUUCUCUUCUUCUCCUGGCAGUAAUGGUAACAGCAGUAGCUGGAGCAGUCUUGGUUUAGAAGGAGAUAUGUAUGAGGAGAAUUUAUCCUUUCCAACAUCAGACAGUGAUGGAACAGAAGAUAAAGAUGAAGACUCCAAGGAUGCUGUAGAAGGUAUGGAGCAAAUACGAAAGAUUUUAGCAAUAGUGAAUAUUGAUCUGGAACCAAAUCUGGUGGACCCCCAGCUCAGAGCAGCACUCCAGUGGCUGGCAGCUUCUGAAACAGAGUUCUCAGAACUUCACUUUCAUGAUGCUGCUACAAGGGAAUUUGUCUCUCUUUCCAGAAGACUGCGAGAAAGAGAUUGGAAAGUUGGAGAUCUCUUGCAAGCAGUGCUGAAAUAUUGUGAAAUGACAGAGAAGGUGUCUGAUGGAGAGCAAGCUCUAAAUAUGUCUUUGGUUGGUUGGCUCCUGGAAAACGUCUGAAAAAUCCAAAGACGUAACCCUCUUCACUUCAUUCCUCUUUUGAAAGGAGAUAGAAAGAACACAGAUAUGUAAAGCAAAAUUCAACUAAUGAAUGUUCAAGUAAUUGUCAGCGUUAAAAGACUUCGAGGUGAAAGUCAAAAUAGCUGUUCUGUGCUUUGUGGUACCGUGCACUUACAGUCCAUAAUCGAUAUUGUCCACUCACGUGUAAUUGUAUUUACUGCUGUGUUCAGACCGUUGAAAUAUUUAUGAAAAAAUUCCUUGUCUGUGAUAGGAGUUCAGAGGAGACAGUCCCAGGCGUGAUAUUCAGGAUCCCCGCUGGGCCAGGAUAGCUCAUUUUCUCCCUUGUGUGUGUGCUGUAUUCACAGCGGGACUUAGAGCACUGAUGUUCUGCAGAAAUCUGUUCUGGAAUACCUUGCUGCAGACAAUGAGAAAUAGUACUGCUGUUGGCCAGGUAUUAUGUGCCCAAGGGUGCCAUUGCCAGGAGAAAAUUGUGACCUGCCCAAGUAGCCCCUUCAUACAGUCAGCUUCAAAGCCACCUAUAUUGAGCUUAAAUUUAUGUGAAGAUGUGAGAAUCUGCUCUGAAACUGUUGAGGUGCAAAUACAUGUUCUCUUUGUUGACUUGCAUAGAGCUGGUAGGAGGGUGGAGUGGGUAGCUGAGCAUAAUUUGACAAAUACUUCUUCAGCCAGGUUUCUUAAAGCUUGCCAGUCACGUUUAAAGUGCUAAAUUUCUUACUGAAGCUGUUUGUAUGCGACUACUUCUAAGACAUUAAUUCUGUGUCAAAGAAUUUGUGUGUUAGUCUCUCACAUAGAUGUGUUAAAAGUAGCAGAUAGAAGCUUCUUCCUCUGAAGAUCUUGGCCAUCUUUUUGACUAGUCUAAUUCUUUAUUUCUUAGCCUCCAUAUAUGAAUUUUCUUUUCAGUAAUAAAGAGAAUUUUGUUACUCAGUGAACACUUAAGCAUUUAGCAAAGAAAGCUAAUUAAACCAUAAAGGGGAAAUUUCUUGCAAAUUGAUUUUUCAUUUUUCUUAACUACCUUCACUGAAUUUUUUUUAGAGACACUUUUAAUCAAGUCUUUUUAGCAGUCUAAUCAGCUUUCUUAUCACUGUUGCUGACUUGCCUUCUGUCUGAAGGGAAAUCUGCACCUUUACGUAGCCUGUGGUUUGAAAAUGCUUUUUGAGUUUUGUUUGUUUUUAUACAUCCUUUGAGAGAAAAAGGCACAUGCUGGUAAUUACAAGGUCGCCACCUCAAAACCUGUAUCACUUGCAAGAGAACAUGGAGUCUUACUUAUUUUGGCAGAACAAAAGAAUCUUAAGAGCUUUUUUGUAGAAGAACCAACUGUUGAUAUAGUAUACAAACAAGGAGAAAGUUUCUAAAUCUGUUCUGGAAUUUUGAUGGCAUAUGUACAAUUCUGAUUUCUCUUACCUCAGAAAUUACUAAGAGGUGUCACACUCUCCUUGCAACAUCGUUGUGUUUCAGGAAGGCAUUCCACUGGUCUUUUGAGAGACCUGCUUUGUUUUAGUCCUCAUUUGUCAUCUGGAUUUCUGCCUUGGAUCUCACAAAGUUCCCCUUUCUCACAGAGUAAAAAGCUUUAAACGUUUUUGUGUAUGCACGUAUGUGUUCACACAUGUGCAAACACAUAGAUGUGUGUGUAUCUCUAUGUGUGUGAGAUCUCACUAGUAUGAACUUCCAGUUUAUACAACUGACUUAAAAUUCUGUUAUGCUCAUAGUUUAUUACCUCGGAUUGAAAGAUCUGUGUAUGCCAUGUGACAAAAAGACCAAAAGCCAUUACAUGGUCUUUUAUCUUAUUACAGCUGAUACAAUGUCCAGCCUCAGGAACUGUUUUUCUCUAGAGCCCAAAGCAGAGGGGCAAAGUUAUCUUAAUUCCUCUGUGUCAAAGAUGCAACUAGUAACAUAUUUUUGAAGAGUUGUACAAAAGUUGUCUGGAUUUGUUGCCCCCCACCCCCUAUACCUUUCUUCAUUUUUUUUUAAGAUGGACUUUCAAUGUUGUUUCAGACAAAAAUUUGAAACCAUUCUCUGGCUGUAAUAUCUUCCCUUUAACCCAGGAAGAAGGUAUUUAUUUACCUAUAAAAUUGAGACGUCAAGAAAAUAAAAUACUAACAGCAGUUCCUCAGGACUAAGUUUUGCUCUGGGUUUUGAACCCUUGUGUUUUCACCAAGUGGAAUUUCAGGACACGAGGAUACACUAGUACUAGUACUAAACCAAAUUGAGCAGGAUAUUGAAAGCCUUGUAAAUAUACAAAGCUGUACAUGUGGGAAAAAAAAAACCAACAACCAAACCAACAACAAAAAAAAACAACACAAAACCAAAACAACCAACAAACCACCACCA